AAUGUGUCAAAUUCAGCGAAUUUUCCUGUCAAAAGCAGUAUAAAUUUUCAACGUCAUAUUAAAUUAUCGUGAAAUUAAGUAUUUAUCCUUCCAUAACAACAUGAGAAUACUAGUUUGUUUCAAGAACGCAACAAAAUUCAAGCAAUUAUUACGGAAUCCCGCUAAAACUUACACUAAAUUUCAUAAGUUUUUUUCUGAUACUUGCGAGACCUCCAGUUGUGAAAGAAAAGGUCUCGUUCUGGGCGUGUACGAUGGAGACUGCGACGAACCUGUUUUCACAAAGGCCGCUCAGAAAUUCAAUGAUCACAUUGGAGGUAAACUGUACGAUUUAGUGAAAGCUGCCGGUCCAGAACUCAUUCACGAAGGAAGUGCAAAAAUAUUCACAAAUCUUUGCAACGAUUUUUGGGUAGUUUCCGUGGCAGGUUUGGGCAAGCUCAAACGGGGAUACAACGAAGUGGAGGCAAUAGAUGAAGGCUUGGAAGCUGUUCGUGUAGCGUCGGCUAUUGGAUCUCUGAAAGCGAAAAUGAACGGCGCCACAAGAAUCUUCGUGGAAGGCAUGGGAUAUCCGGAGCAAGCGGCAGAGGGCGCGACUCUAGCCUUGUGGAGGUAUCAAGAAAACAAAUCGAGGGAACAUUGGAAGCCGGUGCCGACAGUAGAAAUGUACGACGAGUGCGACAGUGAAUGCUUUCAAAGGGGUUUGUUCAAAGCGGAAUCUCAGAACUUCGCCAGACGUUUGUGCGAUACACCAGCUAAUCAGAUGACUCCACUUCACUUUGCUCAAGAAGCCGUCAACGAGCUUUGUCCGUGUGGGAUUAAAGUGUUGGUCCACGAUAAAAAUUGGAUCGAACAUAAGAAAAUGGACGCUUUUUUAACUGUGGCAAGGGGAUCAUGCGAACCGCCGGUGUUUUUGGAAAUUUCAUAUUGCGGCGGGCCUACUGAUCAAAAGCCCAUACUGUUUACUGGAAAAGGAGUCACUUUCGAUAGCGGUGGUCUGUGUCUGAAGAGUUGCCAAUAUUUAGAACGAUUCCGAGCCGAUAUGACUGGAGCAGCGGCAAUCGUGGCUACAAUACGUGCUGCUUCUACAUUGAGCCUGCCUAUCAAUAUAGAGGCUUGCAUUCCGUUAUGCGAAAACAUGCCCAGUGGAAUGGCGAUGAAAUGUGGCGAUGUAGUUACCGCCCUGAAUGGAAAGACCAUUAUGAUAAGUAACACAGCUCACGAAGGACGAGUUCUUCUCGCCGAUGCACUUUGCUACGGACAGCAGAUGCAUAAACCUAGACUUGUUAUAGACGUUGCUAGUUUGACCAGUGGCAUAAGAGCAGCUCUGGGAUCGGCCGCCACAGGAGUUUUCUGUAACUCGCAGACCAUGUGGUCACAAGUGAGAAAAGCCGGAGUCAUCUCGGGAGACCGGGUGUGGCGAAUGCCCCUAUGGAAAUUCUUCACUAAGAGAGUUACAGCUUUCAAAACUCACGACGUGAACAAUCAGGGCUUAGGACAUGGUGCGCCCUGUUUAGCGGCAGCUUUCCUUCAGGAAUUCAUCGAAUGCGUUGAUUGGAUCCAUUUCGAUACCGGUGGUGUGGGAUUCAAAGCGGAACACAAACUUUAUCCAUAUUUAUAUAAGGGUCGAAUGACUGGAAGACCAACAAGGACUCUUAUACAGCUUCUCUAUCAACUUGCGUGUCCUUCAGAGGGACAGCGAGAACUUAAAUGAAUCACCGGUGAUCAUUUGUCGCAAUUGUUAACGUAAAUCUGUAGUGGUUUUUUUUUUCAUGAGUAGAAAAAUAUUUUUUAUUCUAUUUUUUUAUUUAUCCGUCCGAUUGAAUAAAUUAUACUUUUCUAUG